GACCUUGAAAUCGAAAGUGAUCCAAUGUCGUUCAGGUUUGUGUGAAUUUCUGAUUUCGUCGCUAUAGAACUAAAUAAGAACAUUCACGAAUUCGUUGUUAUUGUGGGGAAAUUACGUAAUGAGUUCUCCAAGGAAAGGAAGGAAAAAAUCGGUUGCUGCGAGCAGCGCUGCAUCAUCCUCGUCAGGAAAUGUAACCCCUUCAAUUUCAUCCGGUACUCCAACUCGUGAGCCUCGUAAGUCAUUUCUUGGCGACUUUUUUCGAUUUACAAGAUCAUUCGCCAGAGCAGUAGUUGCCAGUCCUUCCACAAGUUCAGGAGCUGAAAGUGAGUCAAUCUAUUUCCCCACGGAUCUGCAGGAAAUACACUACUCUGAUUUGACGUAUUUUCAAGAUUACAUUUUCAAAAAUAAUGUUUUAGUUCCGUAUGUCAAAAGUCUGCUUAAGAAUUCGAAAAGAUUAACUGAGAACCAUUUAUUGAGGCAAGGAGAUGAAAUAGUUUUUUUAUCGGAUAAAGAAUUUAUGCUAAUUGGAAGUAUCUUCGUUGUAUUGAAGUAUGGUGGAAGGUAUGAUGUCGCUGUUUUCACCAACGAGGAGAGGGGUAUCAAUAACAUUUAUGCCGGACUUAUGGUUUCAAGCAGAAUUCGAUACAAUAAAACAGUGUUCAAGGAUGUUUACGAAACUUUUUAUACAACCGUCAAGAGAGUUAUCCAAGAAAAAAAAUUAAGAAUAGACCAUGAGACAAUUUCACAGGUCUACGUGAUGGAGCAGGAAAAAGCAUUAAAAUUGAAAAAUAAAAUCCCCGAGGAUAAGGAAAUCUUAACAAUAAAGGAUAUUCAUGCUGAAAUGGUGAAUGCCAGUUGGAGCCAUAAAUACCCUGGAUCUCUGCAAUAUAUUCAAUCCUUGAUUCGUAUGAACGGUGGAUAUGUUCUUGUUCCGAAAGGUCCCGAGGGAACUGCCUUGUCGUGGGGACUGAAGUCGGUUAUGGGCCAAAUAGGUAUAGUCGAAACGAUGCCUGAUUACCGUCGAGAAGGAUAUGGCAGUAUAAUCGUUAAACAUUUAGCCAGAGAAAUCGCUGAAGAAGGAAAUGACGUUGUUGUAAUUUUCAGAGUAACCAAUGAAUGUAUUCAGAGGCUCGUCGAAAAAAUCGGGUUUCGAAAAGUGGGAUCGUGUUACGAUAUUGAGGUAUCUGAUCCAGCUUCACAGCCGCAAUCAAUUCCACAGAAACAACCUAGAUUAGCUGCCUCUACCUCCUCCUUGUCUUAAUUCUUUCUUUCAAAAUGGUUAUUACAGAGCAAAAGAUAUUUCAACAGGUAGCUUUAGCGUUAGAUGAAUCUAAUGAAAACACUUUAUUUUCUCACAAAAGCACGUUAUUUCCUUAUGAAGAUGAACUUUUUAGCGAACCGCAUGUUAAGACAUAGUGCUCUAGUUCUCAUUCGUAGGGAAACGUGUUUUCAUUAGAUUGAAACAUAUCGGGUGAGGCCAAAUUUUGAAUUAUUUAUGCAAUGACACAUAUUUAGUCACUUCGGCAUGCAAGCAAAACUAAUAUUAUGACAAUAACUUAGACAAAUAUGUAAUUAAGACUGUAUGAAUACUUUUUCUUGAAAAUGGACCCAUUUGCAGAUAUCAGGGGAUCUAUUUUCAACAUUCUUACAUUUGAACCAGUGCUCUUAACAAAUGACAUUGUAUAUAUUUCAAGUAUUUGACCCUUCAUAUAAAAAACGGAUGAUACUGUCACAAUUCCAGAGUAAUUUAUUUUCUUGAUAUCGGUGAUAUGAGGUUAUGUGUUUGAAUGUUAAUGCUUGUUUUCAAUGCGAGAUGGCACUGCGAUAUUUCCUGAUAUCUGUCAUAGGGUCACUUUUUCAAGUUUGCAAACACAUAUAUUCUUAACUACUUAUUUCUCCAUUUAUUAUCAAAAUAUUAGCUUUGCUCAGGUCGGUAACACUAUCACGGAUAUCUGUUAAUGAUUUUGUUGUGCUCGUAGAUAAUAAUAUUUCGUAGGUCAUAACAUUUUUCAAAUACUUUUGAUUUCNUU